GGGUUUAGCGCAGAGCCAGAACUAUAGCUGCGGAAAUAUAGACGCAUUCCUCCGCAGCCCUUAUCAUCCUGCUUCAGUUAAGAAGGAUAGAAAAAUAAUCUAAAAUGUCCUGUUAUUUCUUUAUAGGAAGUGUGGCUGACGCUGUAAUCUGGCCCAUUGCAAAAAUGGGCGCAGCAGCUUCCAUGAGGUCAGGAGAGGCGUGUGUGUGUAGUGUAAGCCUGGCUGCCUGCCGAUGGAGAGAGGGCACACACAUGUGUAUCUCCACAUGCUCAGAGCUGCAGCUCUCCUGGAGUCACCUGCAGGGAUAAUGGUCUGUGAUCACCUCUCUCCCACAUUCACUCUGGCUAGGUCCCAGCAGCUGUCACAGGAGGGCUCUGACAGCCAGCUGCCUGCAAGGAUUAACUAAUCACAGAACCUGAGGAUCUCAAUCAGCAUGAAGAAAAGGAAAAUCAGGCUGCAAUUCUAUUAGGAAAUAUGAAGGAUCAGGAGAAAACAGCACUUGCUUCUACCACCAUCACCCCAGUCCAGCAGAUUAUAGCAUCUUCUGCUGGUGCUCUGCUCACCUCACUUUUUGUAACGCCUCUGGAUGUUGUCAAGAUUCGACUUCAAGCACAAAGCAAACCUUUUAUUAAAGGGAACUGCUUUGUUUAUUGCAAUGGCCUCAUGGACCACCUCUGUGUUUGUCUGAAUGGAAACAGCAAAGCAUGGUACAAAGCACCGGGGCGAUUCAGAGGAACCGCGGAUGCGUUCGUCCAGAUUGUCAGAAAUGAAGGAGUCCGAUCACUGUGGAGUGGGCUUCCACCAACACUAGUAAUGGCUAUACCAGCUACUGCGAUUUACUUCACCUGUUACGACCAACUACGGGACCUAUUGAUACACCGAAUGCGUAGCACAGAGAGUGCCUGUCUCAUCGCUGGAGCCAUGGCCAGAUUGGGCUCUGCAACACUGAUUAGCCCCUUAGAGCUGAUCAGGACCAAGAUGCAGUUGCGACCACUGUCGUACAAGGAGCUGACGACGUGUAUCCAGAGCUCUGUGGCCAAGGAGGGCUGGCUGUCUCUAUGGAAGGGGUGGAGCCCCACUGUCAUGAGAGAUGUCCCAUUUUCUGCGAUGUACUGGUACAAUUACGAACUUGGGAGAAAAUGGCUGUGCCAGAGAUACAACAAACCGGAGCCAACCUUCACCAUCAGUUUUGCAGCUGGAGCCGCGUCCGGUUCAAUUGCUGCUAUAGUAACGUUGCCAUUUGAUGUUGUGAAAACACGAAGACAAAUUGAACUUGGAGAACUUGAGGUGUUAAACGAUUCACAGAAAAGAUCUAGGUCAACGUGGAAGAUAAUGUAUUCCAUUAUGUCUGAGAAUGGGUUCAGAGGCCUCUUUGCUGGUUUGAGUCCUCGUUUAAUGAAAAUCGCACCAGCUUGUGCCAUAAUGAUCAGCACUUAUGAAUUUGGAAAAUCUUUUUUUCGCAAGUUAAAUAGUGAACAACAGCUGAAAACAUUGUGAUCGUUGCCGGCGUUCAAGCAGAAAAACGUACCCGCAUCAUAUUCUGAUUACAGACUCUUGUAUAUGCAUACACCUAGCUUAUACCACCCCUGUUAUGGCAGAUGUCCUCAGUGAGUACAUGGCUGUGGUAUGAUGCAUAAAACACACAUCUACACUGGUCAAGAAUGUACAUUGUACAAGAACGCUGCACUACCUCGUGCCUCAGUGGUGCCUCUGGAUCAUAGUGCAUGGAUAAUCUGCAUAGUCAUGAAUAUUGAUUCAGCACCCAAAACCAGUCUACCAUGUGUAGGGAACAGCCCACUCUAAUGCAGCCCAUGCAUCUAAGGGUGAUUCACCGAUGCUGAUCCGAUUGGCAGACUCUGAUGAUCGCCAAUUUCUCAGGGGAUUGUUGUAAAAAAUCAUGACUCGCCAAUUCCAAUCAUUUUUGGGUCGGAAUUGGCAAAUUGAGAUUGGCAAAAUCCAACAUGUUGGACAGUCUCUUGACCCAGUCGUCGGCAGACGGAUGAAUUGCCCCAAUUAAUUGCAGAUGUACUGUAUGGGUCUCCUCUCAGGUUAUAUCCCCAUAAUAUAGCAUUAGUUAUAUAUUACGUUCAUCUUCAAACAUCUCUUUCUGGGGUGCACUCUAUGCCUUAAAAUGGGCAUACACUAUACAAUUAUCUGGCAGAUAAUCUGUG